UGAUAAAGAUAGUGAUGUGACAUAAAAGUUUAAGUAUUCCAAACAAAGUUGUUGGUAUCAAAGCUCAAUUGGGAUCAAGAAAAGAAAAAAUGGUGAUAACAAGCUCAUCAAAUUCAGCUAAAUAUGAUAGAGCAAGUGAAGUUAAAGCUUUUGAUGAGACUAAAAAUGGAGUGAAAGGGCUUGUUGAUGCCAAGAUUACUCAAAUUCCUCGCUUUUUUCACAAGUCAAUAUGCGAUGAUAGUCCUAUUUUAAGAGAAUCCCAAUUCAGUAUUCCAAUUAUAGACCUCAAAAAUCUCAAUGGAAAUUCAUUUGAGAGAAGAGUAGAGGUUGUUGAUAAGGUGAGAAAAGCUUGUGAAAAUGGAGGGUUCUUUCAAAUUAUCAACCAUAGCAUUUCGGAAAGUGUUAUGAAAGAAAUGAAAGAUGGUGUUAGAAGAUUUUUUGAGCAAGAGAGUGAGGUGAAGAAAGCUUUUUAUACAAGAGAUUUGAGUAAGCCAUUUGUGUAUAAUUGCAAUAAUAGUUUGUAUUCUUCUCCAUCUGUUGAUUGGAGGGAUACCUUUACUUAUAGAAUGGCUCCUAAUACCCCAAAUCCAGAAGAUUUGCCUCUUGUAUGCAGAGACAUACUUGUGGAGUACUCGAAACAAGUAAUGAAAGUAGGAAUUUUUCUAUUCGAGUUAAUCUCUGAGGCUCUCGGGUUGAAUCAAAAUCACUUCAACAACAUAGAUUGCGCAGAGGGUCAACUACUUUUUUGUCAUUACUAUCCACCAUGUCCGCAACCAGAACUAACUAUGGGAGCAACCAAACAUGCCGAUAUGGACUUCCUCACCGUUUUGCUUCAAGAUGACAUUGGUGGUCUCCAAGUUCUCAUUGACAAUAAAUGGAUCGAUGUUCCACCUCAACCCGGAGCUCUAGUAGUAAACAUUGGAGAUCUUCUUCAGCUUAUAACGAAUGAUAGAUUCAAAAGUGUUGAGCACAGAGUUUUGGCGAGCCAUGUCGGUCCUAGAAUAUCUAUAGCGAGCUUUUUUUGCACCGGUGUGAUCCCAACCUCGAAAAUUUAUGGACCCAUUAAGGAGUUGUUAUCAGAAAAUAACCCCCCAAAGUAUAGAGAAACCACUGUGAAGGAUUAUAUUGCUUAUUUUGGUACAAAAGGCCUUGAUGGGACUAGGCUCUUGGAUCAUUUCAAGCUCAAUCAAAAACAUAAUGAUGAAAUUUUAGACUAAGUGUUGCAACUUUGCUUCUAGGCCAAAAAAAAACAAGAAAUUCAUAACAAAAAGUGUGGUACUCAUCUCCUAUUAUAUUGUUUAUGAAAUUAAUGUGUGCUUUGAUGA